ACAUGUGCACGCAUUCAUACUUUUGGAGUCCAAAGUUUCGGAUUUAAAACCACAUGCAUGUGUCAAUUAACACUGUCUACGUAAAUCCCCUCUCUUCAAAAUGUUCCAUUGAUUAUUCCGUUCGUUUCAUUACUUCUAUGUUUCCAGUCCUUAUGGGAAUUAGCGUCCAUGUUUCCUUACAUGUGUGUGGCAUUUUGCACCUAAGUAAUUACAUUAGGUGUGGAGGAAAAAGCACAGCCAAAUACAGGGAGCUCAAGUAGUAUAAUGAAACCAGAAUGACAGUGGUAUAUCAUAAUAAUGUCGUUUGUGUGAGAAAUAGUGUAAGUAAAUUAAAUAUGUUGCCACCACGCCCAACUAUUACUUUAGUGUUCUAUAUUGACUGUAUGUAUAAAUUAAUUUCAUUGUAAUUAAACAAGGUACUAUACCUGGAACUAUACAUAUAAAGAAGUUUUGGAUGAGGAUUUUGAACUGAUAUACCCACACAACAAUCUGGAGCCCAACAAGUUAAGAGGCUUCGGAAGGUGGCUGGUCCUUCCUAUACGAAUGAUUUGAAAAUAUGAUACUAUGAGCAAUAAAUAAGGUGUGAAUGUUUUUACUGUAUUUUUAUGUUUUUACUUGGACCGUAAUUUGCUAGUCUGGUCUGAUCUGGUUUCUUUGUAUUUUUAUAACUAUCCAAGUUUGGUCUGGUCUGGUCUGGUCUGAACUGGUCUGGUCUGAUCUGGUUUGGUCUGGUCUGGUCUGGUCUGGGACGAAUUACAGUCCAAGUAAAAACAUCCUUAACCCCUUUAUUAGUUUGAAAAAGUAGUACGGAGUAUCACAUAAACUUACCACUUGUGAGUUUAAAAUUCCUAAAAUUAUACUACUUUCGUCCCACUAAGAUUGGAACAAGAGAAGGUGACACGAUUAUUAAGAAAAGUGAGUUUGUGUGAUUGAAAUUAAAUUGAUAAAGUAAGAAUAAAGUUAAAAUGAUUUAGAACCAAACAAACUUUACCAAAUUUUAUAUAGGACAAUCUUAGUUGAAUUUCUUGAAAAGAUAAAAUAAGACAAACUUAGUGGGAUAGGGAAUAAAAGACUUCCUUUAUGCGACGCAUAUGAUAAAUCCAAUUCAAAUGACAAAAAUCAACUACAAAGAGAACAUAAUAAUUAAAACGAACCGGUGGGUGUUGCUCAACUGGUAACAAGGGAGUGCCACAAGGGUUAGGUCCCGAGUUCGAAUCCUAACAACUGCGAUGAGGGGUUACUAUGCUAAAAAUGCAUAGGGCCUCUGCAAGUACCGGGAACAGAGCCCCACUCUAUAUCUAUCAGAUUAGGAUUAAUAUUCUAAUUUACAUCCUCCCAACGUACCGUCCGGUCGGGGUUGGAGAAUCCUCAGGGAUGGGAUGUCAUCCUUUUUUUUAAUAAUUAAAACGAAAGUAGAGAAAAUUGGAGAUUAUUGAUUCAUGAAUAUCGCCAUGAAAAUGUAAGCAUUGAGACUCUCCUGUACGACAUGUGACAUUUUCUAUUGAGACUUGAGCUACACUCGAAUUGAUUGAUUGAAAUUCAUGGAGCACUUUUCGGAAUUAUUUCUCCCGUGUUAGUUGUUAUUGUUUUCUCUUUAAUUUUAUGGAGAGCAUAUUAUUUUACAAUAAUCAUUCUCUUAAUUUUUGCAAAUAUGAUACACUUUGUUUUAGCUUUCUGUAAAAUAAUUUUAUUAUUUUUCAUCCCUGCAAUAUGCUCUGUUUUGUUUUUAGUCCAUACUCCUACUUCGAAACCAUCCAAUUUGGGAAAAAAGUUAUUAUCGAUUGCAUAAAUCUACUAGAAACUUUUAAAUUUAUCCUUUGAUAAUUAUUUUGAGACUAAUAUGAGAGAUAAAGGAAUACUCCGUAUAAAACUAAUUAUUCACAUUUUUCAAAUAUUUAUUAAAAACCUUUUAAAAAUUAAAAUUAAAUACUUUUUGAAUAAUAUGACAAAGAAUUAGAUGAAGUCUUUUAGUCAGGGCAGUUUUUUUGUCAAAUCCUCGGUAAUGGACUACAAAGAAAAUCAAUAUAAAUUUCAGGGAUGAAAAAAAUCGCAGGGAUGUAAAACAAAAUGUGUCAUACUAUCAUCUGUUCUGUUUUAAUCGCAGUAUGUUGAAUUUUACACUAUUCACAUGCUCUACUUUGACUACAUUUUAAGAAAAUUAUUUUUUAAAAAAAAUAUUUUUCAAUUCAUCUCUUUACAAUUUUUCGAAAUAUGAUUUUUAAUAUUUUUUUACUAAUAGAAUUAAGAUAUAAUUACGAUCAAAAACGUGCGGUUGUAAAUUUGAAAUGUCGACCGUUAGAACUAAAAAAGGACGGAGGGGGUAUUUAAAGAGACUUGAAACAUAUUUAAACAUUUAUGCAUGGUACCAACAAUUGUCAAUCUAAAGCGAAAAUUAUGGGUCAACAAGCUAUUCUAAACAAUUAACCUUCAGGAGUAUUCGACUACUCCCAAGUAAAUCAAUCACAUCUAUACUCCCAAAAUCCAAAUUAAUCAAUCUUUAAUGCUCCGUUUGAUCGUUCUUUAUUGGUUGUGUCUUAUAUACGGAGUAAUUUUUGUGGUAUAUACUUCGUACAUAAGAUUUAAAUAGUAUUAGUAGAAGAGAUUUUGAUUGAAGAAUUAAUGUUUUAAUUUUUUUGAUUUAGUGUGUUUGUUACAAUUUUGUCUAAUUUAGGAAUGAAACAAAUCAAAAUGAGAAAUACGAAAACUAAGAAAAAUGACUCUUUUAAAAAUAAAAAAUUUAAAAAUAAAAAAGUGAUAGGGGAACUUAUCAAAUACAAAUUGGGGUGUAUAUACUUCAAGCAACAUAUUGGUUUUACAAAAAAUGCAAAACAAAUAAUAAAAAAUGGGGAAUUAUAUCGAAUGAUAUGGGUUUACUCCAAUUGAGUUCUCUAAAGUUUCAAAUAAUCAAUCAUAAAAAUUCUAACAUAUUACUGAAAUAAGUACUAUGUAUAAAAAAAUCACUAAUAUACUUGGGUCAACAUAGGCUCAAUGAUAUAAAUUUUAAUAUAAUCGCAAUUACUGAAAGCCAGUAUUAUAAAAAAAAGAAUUACACUUUUGUCCACUAAAUUUUGAUGAAAUCAUCAUAAACACAUUAAUAAAUUAUAUUAAUUCAAAUAAAAAAGUUAAUUUUAUCUUUACGUUUUGUCAACAAAGCAUCCAAAUUGGUAGCCGCCCUUUACGAAUUACGAUCAACAAUCAGGACGGAGUGCAAAAUACUCCACAUCGAGAAUAAAAUAGAGAAAUAAAGAGUUUAACGCGCUUAACUCCCUUUGUCAUACAUAAAUUGGCCGCAUUAAUCUUUCUGAUUUAACAAAUGCUUCAAAUGUAUUAUUAAUGCAUGAAAUCCAUUGAAAAAUAAAUUUAACAAUUUCAAGAUCAUUUUAUUUAAUAUUAUAAUUGAUCAAUAUCUAUAAAUCAAUCAAAAUAUUUUUCGUUUUCAUUUAUUUAUCAAUUAAAUUUUUUCAUAGAGGAGGUUUUGCGCAUUAAUAAUUAUUACAAAUAGGGGUUUGAUGUAUUAAACCAGAAAUUAAGUAAAGAAAAAUUUGAGAUCUUUUCUAGUGCAUAUAAAGCAGAUUUCAAACAGAUCAAAUCAGGAGGUGUUUGGAAUUAAUUUUGUUUCGGAUCGAUUUCUAAAAAAAGGAAUAGAAACUGAAUUAGUUUUUAAGAGGUUGGUCUCCAUCUGCUCUUCAAGAACUCUCUUAUAAGAAUCAAUUUAGAACACCCAAAAUUAUUACUCCUUCCGGUUCUCAAAGAUCUUUACACUUUCCAUUUUUAUCAGUACCACAAUUAUCGUUACACUUCCUCAUUUGUCUUAUUUGGCAAAUAAAUCUACACAAAACAGUGCCAAACAGUGUUAAACAGUGCCAAACAGUGUACUCUAUGGUAAAGUCAAAUUUAUUUUCUUAAAAACUUUGAAGUCUCAAGAUCUUUUGAAACCGGAUGGAGUAAUACACUUUCGCUCAACAUUUCAAAAUUUUUCAAAUGUUCUCAAGUCUAUUUUUCAUCGAAGAACAGAAACAAUUUUGAGAAAAACCCACCUGUUCUCAAAAGCAAACCUUUGCGUCAUUUCAAACAUCCAAUAGGAAUUACAGUCAAAAGACGGCGUUGCGGUAGAUGAUUGACACGUACCCAUUCAUCAAGUUUGUAUCUUUGCCUCAAAUAUCUCCAUUUUCAUCCCAAAUCUCCUGAUGUGCUCUGCUAAAAAUCCUCUGUUUUCCUCACCCGUAAAUAUACCCACCAACUUUAACGAUGAUCCUCCAACGUUUGUUCAGUGUACUGAUUCUCACCUGUUCGAUUUGUCUGAGUUCUUGUCCGGGGACGCUAGAAAUGCGGAAUGCUUCAAGAUCGAAGGCUUUGCCCCUGAAGGUUCAAGAAAUGAAAUCCGGGUCCUUUCAAAGACCUCCGCUUCAUCUGAACAUCACCCAAAACGUCACCCUCACGGUGUCUAUGGCUGUCGGGUCGCCGCCGCAGAACGUGACGAUGGUGCUCGACACCGGGAGUGAGCUGUCUUACCUGCGGUGCAAGGCGACCCAGAAUAAGCAAGUAAAGCAACCCGUUUUUUACCCGACCCGGUCGCAGUCCUACUCUCGGGUUCUCUCCUCGUCUCCGAACUGUACUUCCCGGCCCCAGGAAUCCUCCAUUAUCCCUACCCCCGGCCCCUCGAACAGCUGCAGCGCCGGGGUCUCCUAUGCCGACUCGGUGCUUCUAGAUCUGAGUUUGGCGAAUGACACGUUCAGCAUUUCCGGGUCGAACUUCGCGGGUACGAUAUUCGGGUGUUUCGACCCGAGUUCAAGUAGUAACCCCCCGGACGAAGACUCAAAGACCACCGGGCUAAUGGGUAUGAACCGUGGAUCUCUUUCUUUCGUUUCUCAAAUGGGCUUCGAUAAAUUUUCGUACUGCAUUUCAAGCGCGAAUGAUUCGGGUCUUCUGGUGCUGGGAGACUCGGGCUUCAGCCGGGUCAAUCGCCUGAAAUACACCCCGCUGGUUCUGUUGAACAGUACAUCGCCAUAUUAUAACCGGGUAGCAUAUACAGUCAAUCUGACAGGCAUAAAAGUGGCGGACAAAUUAAUAUCAGUGGGGCAAUCCGCAUUCACAAUCGCCGAUAACGGUGCGGGUCAAACCAUGGUGGACUCCGGGACCCAAUUCACCUACCUUCUUGAGGAGGCUUACACUGCACUGAAAAAAGAAUUCUUGAAUCAAACAAAGGGAAUCCUGGAGGAAUACCCCGGUUACGUGUUCCAAGAGGCAAUGGAUCUGUGUUUCCGGGUCGGAUCCAACCAAACGAGCCUAUCGAUAUUGCCGUCGGUAACCUUACUAUUGGAAGGGGCCGAGAUUGAGAUUCCGGGGAACAGGUUGCUGUACCAGGUUCCGGGCGAUGAUUCCGCUUACAGCUUUACAUUUGGCAGUUCCCAGCUGCUAGGGACGGAGGCUUAUAUAAUUGGGCAAUAUCACCAGCAGAAUCUGUGGGUUGAAUAUGAUCUUGUCAAUUCUCAGAUCGGUUUUGCUCAUUACCGAUGUCAUUUUUAGUCAAAAAUGUAACUUGAGACAAACAGAAAUGUUGUGUGAACAAUAUACACUCUGUAUAAUGCUGCACUCGUACGAGUAUUUUUUAUUCAUAGAUACAACUAUAGAAGACAUCGAUAUCUAUGUCUGUGUAUGAAGUACUUCCUAUACUAUUGUUUUUAUUUGUUUGUUAUUAUUAGUUUCAUACUUUCAUGUUUGUCUACA